UAAAGGUCUGGUAGGAAGGUUCACAUGUUAACCUGACGUGUAAUGUCCAGCUGAAUGGAAACCUUCUCUUAACCUUCUUCCUAGAAUAACAGUAUUUUGGAGUGUGAGUGAACGUUGUGUGUUUUCCCUCGUAACAAGUAGUAGUCAUGGAAGACGCUCACACAUAUUCCUACGAGGAUGUCCUCACGCAGUUUGCGGUUGAACCAAAUGUCGGUCUUGCUGAGGCCCAAGUGAAGAACAGCCAGGAAAAGUAUGGCCCUAAUGAGUUACCAACAGAGGAGGGCAAGUCUCUCCUACAGUUGGUCCUCGAACAAUUUGAUGAUCUACUUGUUAAAAUUUUGUUAAUGGCAGCAAUAAUAUCGUUUGUGUUAGCAUGGUUUGAAGAAGGUGAAGGAACCGUUACUGCCUUUGUUGAACCUUUUGUUAUUCUGCUGAUCCUCAUAGCUAAUGCCAUAGUUGGUGUGUGGCAGGAACGUAAUGCUGAAUCUGCUAUUGAGGCAUUAAAGGAAUAUGAACCAGAGAUGGGAAAAGUAAUUCGUGCCAAUAAGCCGGGAGUACAAAAGAUUCGUGCCAGAGAGAUCGUUCCUGGAGAUAUAAUUGAAGUGUCAGUUGGUGACAAGAUUCCUGCAGAUAUGCGGUUGAUCAAGAUAUAUUCCACCACCUUACGCAUUGAUCAGUCCAUCCUGACUGGGGAGUCUGUUUCAGUAAUCAAACAUACAGAUAUUGUUCCAGAUCCCAAAGCUGUCAAUCAGCAUUCGUACCAGGAUGGGGCAAGUAUUGCCCGUGCUAUAAUCCAGGACAAGAAAAAUAUUCUCUUCUCUGGUACCAACGUAGCGGCAGGCAAGGCCCUGGGGAUUGUUAUGGGUACUGGACUUGGAACUGCUAUUGGGAAAAUUCGUACCCAGAUGGUCGAGACUGAAGAUAUCAAGACGCCCCUUCAACAAAAGCUUGAUGAGUUUGGUGAGCAGCUGUCCAAGGUUAUAUCUGUCAUCUGUAUUGCUGUUUGGGCUAUCAAUAUUGGACACUUCAAUGAUCCUGUUCAUGGUGGUUCCUGGGUCAAGGGUGCUAUCUACUACUUUAAGAUUGCCGUUGCUCUCGCUGUGGCGGCCAUCCCCGAAGGUCUGCCCGCCGUCAUCACCACUUGCCUGGCCCUGGGUACCCGCCGUAUGGCCAAGAAGAAUGCCAUUGUCAGGUCUCUUCCCUCUGUAGAAACUCUGGGUUGCACCUCUGUCAUCUGUUCUGACAAGACUGGUACACUCACCACCAACCAGAUGUCUGUCUCUCGCAUGUUUAUCAUGGACAAGGUCGAGGGGAAUGACUGUUCUUUACUUGAAUUUGAAAUAACUGGAUCUACUUAUGAACCUGUUGGCGACAUAUACCUGAAGGGUAGUAGAGUGAAGGGCACUGACUUUGAGGGGUUGAAGGAAUUAGCUACCAUCGCCUGCAUGUGCAAUGACUCUUCAAUUGAUUUUAAUGAUUUCAAGAAUGUGUUUGAAAAAGUUGGUGAGGCAACUGAAACAGCUCUUAUUGUUUUGUCAGAAAAGAUCAAUCCUUAUUCUCUUAAUAAUUAUGGUGUGGAUCGCCGCACCGCUGCUCUCAUUUGCAAACAUGAUAUGGAGUCAAAGUGGAAAAAGGAAUUUACUCUGGAAUUCUCAAGAGAUCGCAAAUCCAUGUCAUCAUACUGCGUGCCCCUCAAGCCUACCCGCCUGGGAACUGGACCAAAGAUGUUCUGCAAGGGAGCUCCAGAGAGUAUAAUUGAUCGCUGUUCCCAUGUACGUGUUGGUACUCAAAAGUUUCCUCUUACUGCUGAAAUUAAGGACAAGAUCUUGGCCGUUACUCGUGCUUAUGGUGGAGGACGUGACACUCUCCGUUGCCUAGCCCUGGCUACUAUUGAUAGUCCAGUAUCGCCUCAGCAGAUGGACCUUGCAGAUGCUACCAAAUUCCAUUCUUAUGAGGUCAACAUGACCUUUGUUGGUGUAGUGGGUAUGCUUGACCCGCCCAGAAAAGAAGUUCGAGAUGCCAUCAGAAGGUGUCGUGCUGCUGGUAUCCGUGUUAUUGUUAUCACAGGAGACAAUAAAGCCACUGCUGAAGCUAUUUGCCGUCGUAUUGGACUCUUUGGCGAUAACGAAGACACAGCUGGUCUUUCCUACUCUGGUCGGGAAUUUGACGAGCUCAGUAUUGCAGAACAGAGAUCAGCCUGCAUGCGUGCCCGUCUCUUCUCUCGGGUGGAGCCCUUCCACAAGUCAAAGAUUGUCGAGUACCUUCAGGGAGAGAAUGAAAUCUCGGCCAUGACUGGUGAUGGCGUCAAUGAUGCUCCUGCUUUGAAGAAAGCCGAGAUUGGCAUUGCUAUGGGCUCAGGCACAGCUGUAGCCAAGUCUGCUUCAGAUAUGGUGUUAGCCGACGACAACUUCUCCACCAUUGUAGCUGCUGUUGAAGAGGGCCGUGCUAUUUACAACAACAUGAAGCAGUUCAUCCGCUACCUGAUCUCCUCCAACAUUGGUGAGGUUGUUUCCAUUUUCUUGACAGCUGCUCUUGGUCUCCCUGAGGCUCUUAUCCCUGUCCAGCUUCUGUGGGUCAACCUGGUAACUGAUGGUCCACCUGCUACUGCCCUGGGCUUCAACCCUCCCGACCUUGACAUCAUGGAUAGACCUCCUCGUAAGGGUAACGAGUCCCUCAUCUCUGGUUGGCUCUUCUUCCGCUACAUGGCCAUUGGCUGUUAUGUUGGGUUUGCUACUGUGUUUGCUGCAUCAUGGUGGUUCAUGUAUGAUCCUACUGGCCCUCAAGUUACCUAUUAUCAGAUGUCACACCAUCUCUCAUGUCCAACUGACCCAGAAAACUUUAUAGGAUUGGACUGCAGUAUAUUUGCCCAUCCUGCUCCUAUGACGAUGGCUCUGUCUGUACUGGUCACCAUCGAGAUGCUCAACGCUCUUAACAGCUUAUCUGAGAACCAGUCUUUGGUGAUGAUGCCACCUUGGUACAACAUGUGGUUGCUGGCGGCGAUGGCUCUCUCCAUGAUAUUGCAUUUCUUCAUCCUCUACUUUGACAUUCUCACGGUGGUGUUCCAAGUGCAGCCCCUCUCUGUGGCUCAGUGGAUGGCCGUGUUGCAUAUAUCCCUUCCUGUGAUUAUUUUGGACGAAACAUUUAAGUUCGUGUCUCGUAAGUACGCCGACGGAGAGAAUCCUCUCUUCUCCUGCCAUUGGAUUGUGCUAGCCUGGGCUGUCUACAUCACAUACAUCAAUUAUUACUUUUUUUAACCUCAGUUGUCUAAAUAAUUAAAUCACUAGGAUGUACCUAUGUUUAACUGGAACAUAAAUCUGUCAAGAACUACUGAACACGAUGUUUGUUCUUUAUUGAGAAUAUCUCUAUAAAGUUGGCUAGGAUUAGGGUCGUUAGUGAUGGGAGACGAGGGAAGUUUUUACAGUGUUGUUGUGUGUGUUGGCACAGUUGUGUUCCCAUCUGCCACUGCAAGGUACAAGUUUGAAAGAUUAGUGUAUGUGAAAUGGUUGUUGUUGUAGGCCUAUAACUACUACAGUUGUCAGCUGUUGUUAUUGUGACUCGUUCGGGCAUAUGUUGUGUUGAAAAUGCUCUUUAAGUGAACCACGUGUGAGGUGUUUACAAGCAAACCUUCUUAUAUCAUAACUAGCAUUUUUCAUUUUUUUUUAAUUGUGGAAAACAGAGAUUCCAUGUUUAAUAACUUUGAUAAAGUUGACCAACUCAUCACUAUCAUUACCUCUUGUGACUGUGUAUGUAGCACGGCGAGCACAGCUGGAGCAUGACAUUGCAAAACCAUUAUAUAUUAUUAUUUUUUAACUAAUAUCCAUGUGCAGUGGACUGCAUUGUGUUUUAGAUGUUUUUACAGGUUUCAUAUGAACUGUGGUUAUCCUGCCACUGAUGGGAUGUACAGUAUCAAGUUAGCACAAGAGACAUCAUCCAUUGUCUAGCAGUGUUGAUGUGAUGGCAAUUAGCUCUUCGAGUAGCAAGCACAAGUAAUUUUUUGUAAGACUGUUUCAUCGUCAACUUUGUUUAUCUAAGAACUCGUUAGCCUUGACGUAACCCUUUUUAAGUCUUCAUCCCGAGAGUUUAUGGUAUUCCUAAAUGUGUUUUAUUUAAUACUGUAGUUGACUGUGUUUGGGUCGGCAUGAUCUUAUACUUACUCGUGUACAGUAUUGUGCGUAUAUGAUUUAAUGAUCUGACGUUAACUGCUGCAGUUCAUCUACAAAGCUCUAAAGAAAUGUUUACUCAUGGUAAAAUUAAGUUAAAUUUAGGAUAAAAUUUAUCCAUUUGUCCGCAGAAUGAAUACAAAGUCUCAUAACUAACUCACCCUGUUUGAUAAAUUUGAUUGAUCAGACUGUAGAUAUUGACACCAAUAAUCCUUUUAACUUUUCUUUGUUUUUAUCUUAAUCUAUACUACUUAGUUGUUACUAUUAAGUCUCCAGGGCUGUGGUAUGUCUGCAACAUGAUAAAAUAUUGUUAUUUUUACAGAAGGUUGGUAAUACUUGAUACAUACUAUAUUCUAUACUAAGAUGAUUAAGUUCUGUAGAUCCACACAAGUAAAAUUAAUACAUACAGUAAACACUGAUUCAGAAGUGUGAAAGUAACAAAUCGUGAAAUUUACCGUUACUGUACGUACAUGUUUGUGAUUAAGUCGCGCACAUUAGAAUAUUUGAAUGUUUGUAAAGACUUGUGGGCAAUUUCUAGUCAUGUCAUGCAACAAGAUUGACCAUUGAGUUGAUACUGUGUUAAUUUAUUAUAUAUGUAAAGCAAAAAGUAAAGCCUAAAUAUGAGGUGAUGAAAUGCUACUCUGUGUAAUGACUGUACAACGAUAGGUUUAUAGAGAUGAGUUUUUCUUGGUCUCUUCAGCUUGUUUUCCAGCAGGAUGUAAGUGGUAUAGGUUGGGUGGCAGGGUGUGGGGUGAUGUGGCCUAGGUAGUAGGGUCUGAGUGGUGUGGUGUGGGUGGCAGGGUGUGAGUGGUAUGGUGCGGGCAGCAGGGUGUGGAUGGCAUGAUGCGAGUUUAGGGCGGAGUAUUAAACAACAAACACACAAUAGUUAUUACAUUACUGUACUCUUCAUCUCUGUUCAACAUUCAAAAGUCUUGGAGGCUUGUAAUCAACUAAAAACAUUGUCUCAACAUUUCUGCAGCUGUUUGAUGAGGCACUUAAAGGAUAUGCCAUGGAAAUAUCAUGAAAAAAUUAAGGUAAAAGAGUCACAAAUUGGAGAUAAUACUAAUAUACUUAAUAGGAUUUAUUUUCUACUUUAUUGUACUACUAAUGAACACUAAACUCUCACUAGUUCGAUGUUGUCAAGGCUCUCUGUCCAUCUCAUUAGUGUAGCCUGAAAUAUAGAAUUACCCCACCAUACAGAAAUUACCUCACAGUUCCGUAGUGAAAUAAUGUACUGUAUAUAUAAACUGUUACCAUAGAGUCAUUCCUUUUUAAUGCAGUAGAUGCAUUCUGAAAGGUUAACAUGUUCAGUGAAAUUUUUAACAAACAGCUGUUUCCUGUUUAGGUACAAGUACUGUACAGCACUAUGGUAGGGAUGUGUGCAGGUUGAGGGUGAAGAGUAAUGUGUAACACUGUACAGUAUUAUUAUUCCUUGUUACUCGCGAGGGGAAGGUUCCAGAAACCCUCACACGCAACUGGCAAAAUUAGUGGAUACCAUUUUCGGUCUUCACAAACCUACCCUAUAUACAUUAUUUGAAUGACUUAUUUUCAAUCUGUGCCUAGAUAAGCACUUUAAUACAUGAUAAUCAUUAUAGUAAGACAAAUGAAGUAAUAAACAAAUAAUAAUAAUUAUAGUUGAAUACAGUAGAGUAUGUGGAGGGGGCAGCAACCUGUCUAAAUAUUUUUACUUUUUAAAAUGCCGAUAUGUAAGAAAGUCAAAUCGCUUAUACAUUAUUCAACCAGAACCUUCUAGAUAUGUAGAGAUGCUUAUAGAAAUUAUUUCUCUACAAAUUGCCCCACAUUAUGCAGAAUGAGUGUCAUAAGACCUGGCAGCACUUGGCCAAGCACACCUUGUACAGUACCAAGAAACGGGUGAAAUUAAAGAACAUGAGUAUUGUAAAGGAAUGACUGAGGAAGAGAACAUGCCCACAACCUCUCAAUAAAUGGCUCUACCACAAUCAGUCUUUUUAUAUACAGUAUUCUUACAUACUUAUUGUUUUACUGUCAUAAGAAUGGGUAUAGUAUGGUGGUGGUGGAUAGCUUGUGUGGGGUGGACCAUGGUCAGUGAAAUGGACAUUAUGCAAACACAUUCAAUUGUAUUUUAUAUUGUACUUCUUACAUAAUUGUAUAUAUUUCAUGUUAUUUUUAUAGCUAUUUAAGUGUUUCUAUGUGAAAAACUAACUUUGGGAGACAUGGUUGAGAGAAUAACACAAAAUUGUUUGAGGACAACAGAUCUCAACGAAGACUGGGUGUGACUUUGGAUGUGCGAACUCUACAUAUCUGUUUAGUGUAUAUCUUACAUCUACAGUUUUGAAUAUCAACAAGAAAUAUUGAUUUAGAACCAAAAUAUUGAAUUGUGAAUAUCAAAUUAGUGAGAGUUUGGUGUAAUUCAUAAAGAUUUCUUCUCUACCUAAUUGCCAUGUACAGUACAGUACUUCAUAUGAGUUUUCAUCUACCUUGUACUAAACCAUUUUUUUUCCAUCCAUUUUUAUUGUACUAAAUAACUUUUCCACAUAUGUGUACUAUGCUUAGUAUGAAUUAUUUCAAACUUCGGGGUACUAUACUUAGAUGGGUUCUUUACUCCCAUAGUUUUUACGAUAUUUAUUGUGAAAACUUUUCUACAGCAUAUUGGUCGUCCUUUAUCUGUUCAUGUGAUG